GUGAAGUUUAUGAUAAACAUGGCGGAUUGCUGAAUGACCAAAUGCUGCAGUCCAGUAGCAUGCACGAACAAGUGUCAAUAACUUCCUAAGUUCUCACAUCUCAAUAUGAUUUAAUUCGUGGCCAGAGACUCAGAAAGGUUUACUGGAAGUGACUAUCAUAUUUUGUAUUUAAUUUGUAACCUUCAUCAUUAGUGCAAGCAUCGUAGAAUUUAAGUAAACAGAAAUGAUUUUAAUUGUGAAGAUUCUUCAAACGCAAGGAAGGGAAUGCCGUGUUGAGGUAACAGCAUCAGAACCAAUCCUGUCCGUCAAACGAAUGGUGGCUAAAGAGUUAGAUGUUCCAGUGCAUCAACAGAGACUCGUCUUCAAAGGAAAAACAUUGUCAGAUGGCCAAUGUUUAGGUGAUUACAAUAUUGGUCCAGAUACAAAAAUCCAUCUUGUCAUACGAAGGCCAGAAGUAUCGUUAGAUCUAACAAGUACCUCACGAAUAGGAGGUGGAACUGCAUUAUGGGAUGCCUUAAAGACCCUCCUACAUAGACACUUUACUUCAUCGGAUGCAGAGAAAGUCUUAGAACAGUUUAAAAAGGAAUUCUCAACAACCAUUGCAAAUCUCAGUCUGGAUGAUAUAGAAAGGAUCUCAAUGUCCAAGCUGGGUGUACACCAAGCUCAUGAGGAAGCUGGACCCUCAACAAGCUAAGAUUCAGCAGAGUGAACAGCCAAUGGUGGCACCCAUCCCUGUGUAUAGACCUUUAGCAUUCUGCCACCAUCUUGGUCAUGUUCCCUGUAUCCAACAGCAGUAAUAGAUGCAAAUACUCGUUGUACAAAAAGGAACCAGACUAUUGGCACUGCCAGCCUCGGUUUGGUUACAUUGAUUUGAAUGGGAGAGAAUCAAGAUGGUUGCAGCAUGAUAGAGGUCUAUGUCUGAAAACCAAAGCUAUUGAGCUUGGAAGGGAGAGAAAAUUUGAGAAAAUCCCGGACCGAUGAAUGGUUGCUGUUGUGUCAGCCAAAUUGUAAACGGACCGAGUAUGAAUGAAAACUAUGCCAGAAUUAGUUGUUACGUUUCUGGGAAUAUUUGUGUUUUCUUUUCACAGAAGUGUGAUCAAAUUCCAAUUGGAGAUGUUUGAAUGAGUGUAGAUCACAUGAUUGAAACUGUAGAUUGACCUAUGCAAAUCAGUCAAUUUGCAUAUUAUUAAAAGAAUUUACUUUUCGACCCUUAUUAUGAUGGGCUUGGUUUCACACAAAGUAUAGUCUUGGUGCAAGACGUUCUUGUUGAGUUGGUAAAACCAUACACUCAAAACUACACACACGUCUCGACUAUACUGCUGAUAGAGGGCGUCCUCUGGAAGCCGCGAAAUCCGUCAGUGCGAUGUGUAAAGGGGAUCUGGAAGUUUACCAACAGCGCCAGUUAUUGUUGGAUGGUAGUGUGCGCGCCGCGGAUCGGAGGCCUGCGAUAGCAUAACUAACAACAACCUCUUGCACCAAGACUACACAAAGUAUAGCAUUGUGAAGUACUUCAGUUGUACAUUCUCGACCGAAGUUGAAAACAUGCAAUCUGUUGUGUGACUUCGGUUGAAUGCUCUAUUUUAGAAUUUUAUUGGAGGGUUUAUGUGCUAUUUAUUUAAAAUCCAUUGCAAUACCAACUUGUAAACACUCCUUUCUAAUAUUGAUUUGCAUUUUGAAUGACUGUUGACAAGAAAUUGGAGUGACAGGAACAUUCUGUACUUCUGUUGAAUUUAUUCAAGAGAUAUUCCCUUCUUUACACAAAUUUAUUGUAUUCUCUUGUUAUUAUUGCAUCCUUUUUUUAGUACAAUUUCUCAGAAAUCUGAAUGUCAUAGACAAGUGGACCGCUAGAUUUCUUUAUAACUUGUUCAUCGCCAACAAAGAAAAGCUUGGCCUAAAAGUACCCACUACCUGAACAUUUAUCUGUGGACUUUGGGUUUUGUUUUGCAAAGUUGCCCACAAAGACUCAACAGGUGAAGGCACUUCGUUGGUUUUGAAAUCUCUAAAUGAACUUAUAAAAUGUUGAUUUAUAUUAUUGUUGAUUUGAAAAGCUCACUUCAGCUUUAUUUUUAAACAUUUUAUUCUUCACAUUUAUGUAAUUUUAUGGACACUGGUACAGUACCAUUAUUUCACAAUGUUCAUAUCAUACAACUAUUUAGUUUCCUUAUUUUCUAUUUGAAAUAAAUGUACGUAAUUUUGUUAAAAUA